AUGACCACAACGCGCCUGAACACGCAGGAACCAGUGCUGAGACUCAGGCAUGAGCUCGUGAAAUGCCCUCCCCCGUCGAAAUUUCCUGCAACCGAUGCUUUGCCGGCAUUCAUACAGGCGAUCGAUAUCAACGACUUGCUGAAAGGUGCCGUUUGCGAAGGGCUGUCCAUGGUCCCUACAGCAGGCGCGAUACUCUCCAAGGCCUUGGGGAUCCUAUGGCCUGAUACCGCGAACCCGACCCUGAAGUGGACAGACAUCGAGGCUGGAGUCAAGAGCUUAGCCCAAGGACUCAUUGAAGAACAUGACGCCAAAGACCUCAAGCUCAGGACUGAAGGUCUGAUGAACCUUCUCCAGACCUACCGUGACACCAGCUAUGGCACGGAUCAGAUAAACGCCUUUCUGAACUCUCUGCUGUCCUGGUUCGAUACAAAUAAAGCCUGGUAUUGCAAGAACGAAGAACCCUGGUUGACGAUGCAAUGCUUUGUUCAGAUGGCUACUAUGCAUCUGUCAGUCCUGCGUGAGCAAGCAUUCUAUUGGGACAAGGUGUAUGGCUCGGCAGACCCGCACGUUGAUGCAGAGAAGCACAAGCAGAAGCUUCGCAAUGCCAUCGCAGAGUACACCAGUCGCAUCGACAAGAUCAGAGCUCGAUGUACGGAGUGGCGCAUGUCGAAAGUUUCUAGGACUGACUGGGCAAGUCAGGGUCAUAAUGCCUUUUCUGGCUUCGAUCAAGAAUACAGCGACAAUGAUGAGACCUAUCAUCAGGCUGAAAGGGACUUUCAAAAUCUGCGGGACUACGUCGAUAUCACUUACCGCGGACAAUUGGAGAACUACCUCAGCCUAUCACUGAUAUGGCCAAACUUUGCCGCUGAACAGCACGCGAAUCUAGCCACCAUCGGCCGAACAGUCUUCAUGGAAAGCGGAAUCGCCGGAAGCGGCGCGGCAAUGAUGCAGCAUUUCAACGACCGCGAAUUCCACGAGCAACACGGCCCCAUCACCAGAAUCGACAUCCACGCUUGGGACGGGGUGGACGGUAUCGAAGUGUGGUAUGGCGGCCAAAGCUCCGGUCUUCGGGGUAAGAAGGGAGGCAGUGUCAGGACCAUCGAGCUAGGUCCGGGACACAGCAUCGACCGCGUCGUGGCUAAUGUCGGAAAAGUGGUGGACGCGAUCGCAUUCCGAGGAAAUUUCACCGGCUACUGGGCUGGAGCUGGAGGCAACGGAGGUGGCUUCUUGGUCGAGGAUCCCAACUUCAUCAUCGCUGGCAUCAAAGACCCUCAACAGGGUGAUCCCAAUCAGCCAACGAUACCUUCCAGGCUGCCGGGCGGCAAUGACUUGGACAACUUGCUCGACGAGCUGACCAACAUCAACAUAGACUUUGGCCUGAGGUUGGCAUACAUCCAUGGAUGGGCGACUGGGGAUGCGGAAACUCGGCCUCAGGACCGUGGCUUCCUUCAACAGCUCGGUGUGGUGUUCUCGCGCAAAGAGGUUCUCAUCUCGCCGCUUGAUGACGCUGCUGCGAGGGCACUGUUGGAACAGACGGGGUAG